AUGGUCUUGUGCGAGUCCUGUUUUACAAAAAUCAAUUGCACCGACGAUAAUAACAACACCACAGUAUCUAAACCCUCGAAAAUCCCGAUAAUGACGAUGGAUCUACUGGAUUUUGUAUGCCUCCACCUGCUUGGCCAAUACCCGCAGAAUCGAUUUAAGGAAAUGAGGACCGGAUCCAAAAUCCCGGUUCUAAAAACCUACCUGCGAUGCCCGAGAAAAUUCGCCCUCACCAAGGCCAAAUCAAUGCACGACCUGGUGAUAAACGAUUUUAUGAAUCUGCUUGGA